CAACUGGAAAGUUACGCAAUCCUGUCUAUAGUAUUAGUGGAAAACGCAGUACAGGAAUUUUUAGUAAAUUUUUAAAACCAUAUGGUAUUACAGCCAAAAGAUUAAGGAAAAUCGGAGACCGAUUUGAUUCUGGAAUGUAUUAUGCUGAGGGUGACACUUCCGAUUCUGAAUCCGAGUCCGAUUCUAAUGAUUCUUUAGAGUUGGGACCUUCUGAGGCUCAAGCUUCUACAUCUCAGCCUAAGAAUAAUAAUUAUGAUCCUUUCGGGUCUCAGAUUGCAGAAAUCGAUUCAAUGCUAGCUACACUCUA